UUCCGAUUUUUUCUCUUUUUAUUUUAAAGGCGCAACGCUCUUCUUCAUUCAAACGAACUGAAACGACAUAUUGCAGAAUCAAUCAAGGGUUUCGUGGCUUCCUGCGCAUCUAUUCAUUCUCUCUGCUUUCAAUUACAAGCACCAAAAUUCCGACGAAUCAGUCAUCUUCCGAAACCUCGCAGUAGCUGUGAAGCCGAAAAAUUGAUACCCUCGAUGUCAGUAGGACUAGCCCUUGGUUGAAGAGGCUUAGCAUGAUGGAUUCAAACUCACCGUUUCUGCCUCAUUGCAAUUCUGAUACAAAAAAUGCAUUUCGCAAGCCUUCUGGUGAUGCAGCUAAUAGGAAUUAUCGGCGUCGGUCACCUGUUGAAGGAUCACCCUCACCUGAUGCUAGUCCUAGGCAUGGACAUAGCUCAAGUCCAAAUCUAGUGAGAGAAAAUUCUGCAAGAGUCUCUCACCAUUCUAGGAAGUAUGAUGACAGGGAACAAGACCAACAGUAUGGAAGAAAUCACUAUGGCAGAAGCAGUGACUCUCUUAGACAUUCUGAUAGACAGUCAUUCAAGAGUUCCUAUGGUCACUCUCGGCAUGAUAAGUAUGCAAAUGAAGACAGAUAUCGUGAGAAGCUAUUGUCUCGUUCUGGACAUGAGACAAGGGAUGAUCAUAUGAGAGAUGAGAGUGAUAGCAGGUCAAAAAACUACCAGCGCAGUGUGGAAAAGUAUUCACAUGACAAAUAUGACAGGUCUGAUCAUAGAAGCAAAGAAAAACGUAGAGAAACAUACUUGGAGCAUCAGAAAUAUAAAGAUAUGGAUUCUUCAUAUGAUAAAUCUGCAUCUAGCAAGAGGCAUGCACUGUAUGAUGAGGUGGAGAGGGAGGGGCAUUCAAGGGACUGGGAUGGUCGAAAUGAAAGAAGAGAUUCCCGCAGAAGUUCAGGGGACUACAGAAGUGACCAGGCAGUCUGUUAUUCAGAGUCAAGGAACCAAAGAGAUGAAUCAGGUCCCCAAAGAGACUGUGGUAAAUCUAGUUUAAAAGAAGGUUAUAAGAGUGAACAGAAGGAGUCAAAUGAUCAAAACCUUCCAUGGGAAGAGAAAAGAAAACAUGAUGAUACUGAGACUGGGAAGGGUAAAGACUGGAAAACUAGACAAGCAAGCGAGCAGUGUGGUAUUGAAGACAAAGAAUCUUCUGGAAAGAAACUAAAGUUGUUUGAUCUUGACAAGGAUGACAAUUAUAGAAAAGAUGCAGAUGAAAGUAAGACUUCAAGUUCAAAGCUUUCUCACGAGAGCAAGGCAGAUGUAAGGGCUGCCAAGACCAGUGGCUUUGAUGGUGACAAUGACCUAGAUGCUGCGAAAGUUGCAGCCAUGAGAGCUGCUGAAUUGGUUAAUAGGAACUUAGUUGGGGCUGGUUGCUUGACUACUGACCAAAAGAAGAAACUGUUGUGGGGUGGCAAAAGGAGUACACCUACUGAAGAGUCUGGCCAUCGUUGGGAUACAGCUAUGUUUUCUGAUCGUGAGAGGCAAGAAAAAUUCAACAAACUCAUGGGUAUGAGAGGCGAAACAAAAGUGGAGCAGAAUUUCAACAACCAAAGUAGUAAUGACAGUCUCCGUGCUGAGAAGGAGAAGGAACUUCAGAUGGACCUAGAGAAACAAUACACUGCAGGCCUUCGACGAAGAGAUGGCCGUACAGUUGGCUUAGGGCUUUAAACAUUCUCACUUCUGAAAAGUUACAUCCUUUGACAUUUAUGAGUCAAAUAUCACCCCAUGUUUAGGGAGGAGCUUUUCGCUUGUUUGCUGUAGACAUGUUUGGGAGUUCAUGAAUCUUAGGCGCAUCACCACUUGGCAUCUGGUGGGAGUUCCUGAUUUAGACAGGACAUGUUAUUUCUAUGGAAUUUCUCGUGAUAAUAUCUAAAUUUUUGUUCUCCAUAUGAAAUUGGUUUAGGUAAUUUGGUUUUCUUAAAA